UUUGGUCAUUCUUUGGUUGGCCCCGUAGGUCAAAGGGGAGUUCAAACUCUACCCGUACCAUACCGUAUGUCGUGCAAUGUAUUCGAAAUGUUCAACGGUACGGUACGGGUCACUGUACGGUCAUACGACCGGCUAUACGGUCAAACGGGAGAUGAAACAACGUCAAAUUGUAAUCAGAACUAACGUGCAAUAUGAAACAUGCCAAUGGCUCGUUCGCACCAGCUCCUCCGACUGCAUCGUUCAUCGCUCGUGUUCAUAGGCUCCUUCUGCCAACAGAAGCCCCUUCCCUCCUUCGCAUACGCUUCCAAAUCAUAAACAUAUGGCCUGUAAAUUGGCCGAUUGCACUAUGCAACUCCCGCAGUGUCGAUUUCGAGAAAGACUCGGUGCCUGUCGCUCUUAUAUACGCUGACUUGAAAAUACAUGAAAGCAAUGAGCCCGGAAGAGUUUGUUCUUAUCAAAUGGUGAGCGAGAUAACUUGGGGGAGCUUUCCGUCGUGCUAAAAGGGUGUCAGCUUUGAUUCG